CCUCACCAGUGCAUGGGUCUAUGCUCAACCAACUGAGACACAUCAGCCAGGACUGUGGAUCACUUUCAUACAGAGAAUCAUGAAUAUGAACUUUGAGGAUGUGGCCAUUGCUUUCUCUCAGGAAGAAUGGGGGAUCCUUGAUGAGGCUCAGAGACUUCUGUACUGCGAUGUGAUGCUGGAAGCUUUUGCACUUGUGUCAUCUGUAGGUUGUUGGCAUAAAAUCGAUGGUGAUGAGGCCUGUUCUGAUCAGAGUGUAGCUAUAAAAGGAGAGUCAAAGGUCAGGGCUUCUAAGACAGCUCCAGCCACCCAGAAGAUCCCUCUGUGUAAGCGGUGUUUCUCUGUGUUAAAAGGUAUUUUGCACCUGACUGGGUCACAUGCCGGAGACUUUGAGCAGAAAGCCUUCUGUACUGAUGUAUGUGUUGGAGACUUCUGUUUCAGUUCAAAUCCUCAACAGAAACAGAGGAAUGAAUGUGGAGAGGAGCCCUGGAAACAAGCUAUGGACAGGGCUUCCUUUGUGAGCAGUUCCAGCCUCUACUUAUCUACAGUGCCUUCAACCAGCAGGGAGUAUGGGGAAGACUUGCAAUACAACUCUGAUAUUCCUAAGCACCACACCACUAUCAACACUGAGGAGCUACCCUGUGGCCGUGAGAUUUCACAGGAAUUACACAGGGGAAAAAGUCAUCACCAGUGGGGUGAAUGUGAAAAUGCUGCCAGCCACAACCUGAAAGUUGUUCAGUGCCCGGGUGUGUGUUCUGGAGAACUGCUUUAUGAGUGUAACAAAUGUAGGAAACUGUUUACACGAAUCUUUAACCUCAAUCGACAUAAGAGAGUUCACACUGAAGAAAAGCUGUAUGACUGUAGAGAAUGUGGGAAGUCUUUUCAUCGAAGGGCUCACCUCACUGAACACCUCAGAGUUCACACUGGAGAGAAGCCAUAUGAGUGUACUGAAUGUGGGAAGUCUUUUAGCCUAAAAUCUAACCUUAUUAGACACCUGAGAGUUCACAGUGGUGACAAGCGAUAUGAGUGCUGUGAUUGUGGGAAGACCUUCAGUGAUAAGUCUUACCUCAAACAACACCAGAGAGUUCACACUGGAGAAAAGCCAUAUGAGUGUAGAGAAUGUGGGAUGUCCUUUCCUCGAAGGGCUCACCUCACUGUACACCUCAGAGUUCACACUGGAGAAAAGCUGUAUGAGUGUAAAGAAUGUGGGAAGUCCUUUCGUCAAAGUGCUUACCUCACUGAACACCUCAGAGUUCACACUGGAGAGAAGCCAUAUGAGUGUACUGAAUGUGGGAAGACUUUUAGCGUAAAAUCUAACUUCAUUAGACAUCUGAGAGUUCACAGGGGCGACAAGCGAUAUGAGUGCUGUGAUUGUGGGAAGACCUUCAGUGAUAAGUGUAACCUCAAACAACACCACAGUGUUCACACUGGAGAAAAGCCGUACAAGUGUAGAGAAUGUGGGGUGUCCUUUCGUCUAAAGGCUCAGCUCACUGCACACCUCAGAGUUCACACUGGAGAGAAGCCAUAUGAGUGUACUGAAUGUGGGAAGUCUUUUAGCCAAAAAUCUAGCCUUAGUAGACACCUGAGAGUUCACACUGGAGGUAAGUUUUAAAUGUGCAGGGAAUGUUUUAUUUUUCUCAGUAUAACAACACUGAAGGUGACUCUUUGGGACCUAUUUUUCUGAAUUUAAACCCAUUUUAAUGGAACAUACACUCUGAUAUAUUUCUCAUAAGUUUCAGGUACAAGUGAGGCUUGAAGGAGCUGCAUUGUACUUGCUAAUAUGCCCAGACCUGCUAACCGAUUGAUGUCAUAGCGAACAUUUGUGGCUGAAGAGAUUUUACCUCUGCCACCUGGCUCACCUUAAGAGUAUGCAUCACUCACAAACCCUCUGUGCUAAGGGGAAAUGUAUUCUGUGUUUUCACUUGUGUUUAAGAAAAUUAUGAUUACUUCAAGCUCUUGACAGGAUCCUCAUUCCUUCUCUCUGACUAGGCAUGCGUCUGACCCAGGGUUUGUCCAGACCACCCAUCCUCAGCUAAGAAGUGCAACCUCUGUCAGGGACAUUGUGUGUCUCACAUUAUGCUUUUCUGAAUUGUUUUAUUUUCUAAUUCACCAACCUGCAAAUUCUUACUGUCCUCUGUUCUGGUUUAUAAUCUUUUAGUAAAGGUGUUUUUUGCUUUUGUACCUUUAA